AAUUUGAUAAAAAUAAAAAAAUAAAUAAAGUAUUAGGCAUUUGUUGUUGAGGUUCUUUUAUCCUAAAAAAUGUAGAUACAUUCUCUGAAAAUCCGGCAUCCAUCUAUUCCUUUUCUCCGAAUCGCAACAUCUAAAUGACACAAAAGGGUUCAGCCGACGAUUUCUUGGCCACAGCAGUGGAAGCUGCUAAGCAAGCUGCCGAGAUUAUUCGAUCUGGAUUUUAUGGGGCGAAACAGGUGGAGAACAAAGGAGAGGUGGAUUUGGUGACAGAGACGGAUAAGAAAUGUGAAGAGCUCAUAUCCACUUUUCUCAAAAAACAAUACCCUGACCAUAUGUUCAUUGGCGAAGAAACUGUUGCUGCUGGUGGCAAUAUGGAAUUGACUAAUGAACCAACUUGGAUUGUUGAUCCCAUUGAUGGAACUUUUAAUUUUGUUCAUGGGUAUCCAUUUGUGUGUGUAUCUAUUGGAUUGACAAUUGGAAAGAUUGCAACAGUUGGUGUUGUCUAUAAUCCAAUUAUGGAUGAGCUUUUUACAGCAGUUCGCGGCAAAGGUGCUUUUCUCAAUGGGAAACCCAUUAGAGUAUCAUCUCAAGACGAGCUUGUGAAAUCCCUUCUUGCUGCAGAGGUCAUCGCAUCACAUGAGAAAUCCGUCGUGGAUGCCUCUACUAAUCAGAUCAAUAGCUUACUCUUCAAGGUUCGGUCACUUCGGAUGAGUGGCUCUUGUGCUUUAGAUCUUUGUGGGAUUGCGUGUGGGAGGCUUGAUCUAUUCUACUUAGUUGGGUUUGGAGGCCCCUGGGAUGUGGCUGCUGGUGCUGUUAUCGUAAGCGAGGCUGGAGGACUUGUCUUUGAUCCUUCGGGUAAGGAUUUCGACAUCACAGCUCAACGAGUAGCAGCUUCGAAUCCUCUUCUGAAGGACGCAUUUGUCGGGGCACUGCAGCUGUCGGAAUGAAGGAACCCUUUGAGAGCAAACACUGAUAUAUUUGACAAGUUAGUUAUGUUUCUCUACAACAUUUGCAAUGUGUCCUUUGUUGACUAUAGGGCGUGUUUGGUUUCUUAGACGUGAAUUGACAAUAAAAGAUAGGGAUCCUGAUUGUGAAUUGCCUAUCUUAUGGAUAGUGUUUCUCGACCUCAUGUUUGGUUUGAUGGUUUAUUAUCAUGAAUUGGGUUAUCCGCUGUUUGGUUCGUGCUA